AUGACUUCAUGGCUUGGCAUUUGCGGAACUCCGAAAAUCUUCACGGAAUUCCGAACCCUCCUCAUCUACUUCUUCAACAUGGAAGAAUUUUCAGGUAGAUCUGGGCCAUCAACCCCCACUUUAUCUCGACUCCCCCGCACUUCGCGAAAAAAGUCAUGUCGAAAUUGUGUAGCAGCCAAAACUGCGUGUGAUCUCAGAAAGCCGAAAUGUAAGCGAUGCAAAGAUCGAGGCAUAAGUUGUGAAUAUCCAGCACUCGUCGAAUCAACAAGUGGUAAUGCAGAGAAUCAAUACGCCACUGUCGAUGCCAGCCCUUUCAGCAAUGUUCCUGAUGCACCGUCUCUGGAUUCCACAUGGCCAGGGGGCCUGGUCAAAAACACCGCAGACGUAUCUCAUACCUCGAAUAACUCUACCAUCGCCGAUAGUGGACCAGUUCAUUCCGAUUCCACUAAUGUACUGAACUUUCAACAAAUUGAUCUAGUGCCUAUGGUAGAUGCGGAGGAAAUUCGCGAUCGCUGGCUACGCCCCUACAUCUCAAGCUCGACGGGCCAAGAGCCCAAGCAGUUGAAUGCUCACACCAUACAGUAUCUCAUCUGUAUGUUGAAAUCGUAUAUAAGGAAUCAUCUCAACUCAAUUGCACCGCCUUUUAUUCAUGCUCAACAGCAGGCGGGGACUUGCCCGCCUGUCUUGGCUUACUGUUUCACCUUGGUUCGGACGUGGUUGACUCGGAUUCCUGGAUCUGAACCCUUGAUUAUAGGGGCGAUGCGAGUAGAGAUGAAGAAAAUUGAAGAUCAGGGUGUGCUUCAAAGCGACUUUGACAACCUGUGCUCGUUCCAGGCGUAUCUCAUCUACUCCAUGACGAUGCAUUUAUUUCCUAGUACAGAAAUUGUCGAUGAACCCCAGCCCUUCGAUACUCAAACGCAGAUAAAAAUGCAAGAAAUCGCUUUCCGAUCCGCCAAGUCAGGUCUCAUCUGCAGAGCAGAAGAAUCCCAGACCCGGCCGAACUGGGAGUCAUGGAUAGUCGCGUCGGCCAAGCGUCGUACUAUUUUCACCAUGUAUCUCUUCACCAACAUCUACAAUACCCAACUCGGGCUGCCGAACUUUGUUGCGGAAGAAUUGAGAGGCACUAUGGCCCCGGAAAGCAGAAUCCUCUGGGAAGCUUCAGACCGCGCCUUUUGGGAAAGAGAAUACAAUCGGCACUUGUCUCGCUGGGAGGAUGGCAUGCUCGAGAUAUCAGAACUGUGGAAGUCUGAUGAAACUGGAACAGAGGUCCGACGGGAGAAGAUUGAGCGGUGGUUACAAUCUGCUGAUGGGUUUGGGUUGAUGCUUUUUUCUGUUUGUGCGCAUAUCCAUGGAUGCUAG